ACAGAUUGGCGCAUGCGUUUUAUCUUUCAAGUGACGUGGCCUCCGGUGACAGAGGAUCGUUAAUAUCUUGGUCAAGAAUUUAUAGGAUUUUUUUGAUUAAUAAUGUCGUAUGUGUGGUAAAAUGGCCAAGUGAACAUUAGCAGCAUCAUCGUGUACGGCAAACGUAACGGCACUGACCAAUUUGCGUUUCUCCCUGAAAGCGACUCACCAUGACAACAUACGAAGAUUUUAUUCAACAGAAUGAGGAUCGUGACGGCGUGCGUUUUACAUGGAACGUUUGGCCGUCAUCACGUAUUGAUGCUACCAGACUCGUUGUACCACUUGGCACUUUGUACCAACCGAUCAAAGAACGAGCUGAUCUUCCACCGAUUCAAUAUGAUCCUGUCUUGUGCACAAGGUCCACUUGUAGGGCCAUCUUAAAUCCAUUGUGCCAAGUGGACUAUCGUGCCAAGUUAUGGGUCUGCAAUCUUUGCUUCCAGAGAAAUCCUUUUCCACCACAUUAUGCUGCAAUUACAGAACAACAUCAGCCAGCAGAACUUGUUCCAAUGUUUUCAACAAUCGAGUAUACAAUAAUGCGCGCUCAAUGUUUACCACCGAUAUUCCUGUUCGUCGUGGAUACGUGCAUGGACGAUGAAGAAUUGGGAGCACUCAAAGAUUCUCUACAAAUGUCACUGUCCUUACUUCCACCCAACGCUCUGAUUGGCCUUAUUACGUUCGGCAGAAUGGUUCAAGUUCACGAGUUGGGCUGCGACGGCUGCAGCAAGAGUUAUGUAUUCCGUGGGACGAAGGAUCUGCAACCGAAACAGGUUCAAGAUAUGUUAGGUAUAGGUAGACCGAUUCCAGGACAAAAUCCAGGCCAACCGAGAGGACCCGGUACGCAACCGUUGCCGCCGGCCAAUCGGUUCAUACAGCCGGUGCAUAAGUGUGACAUGAACUUGACAGAUCUUUUAGGAGAGCUACAACGUGACCCGUGGCCCGUAGGACCAGGAAAGCGCCCAUUGCGAUCCACCGGUGUGGCGUUAGCCGUUGCUACGGGUCUCUUGGAAGCUAGUUACGCGAACACUGGCGCUAGGAUUAUGCUGUUUGUUGGAGGGCCGUGUUCUCAAGGACCCGGUCAAGUUGUAACUGACGAUCUACGACAACCGAUCAGAUCGCAUCACGAUAUUCAAAAGGAUAAUGCUAAGCAUAUGAAAAAAGCGAUGAAGCACUACGACGCGUUGGCGUCGCGCGCCGCUGCCAACGGCCACAUUAUAGACAUAUAUUCCUGUGCUCUCGAUCAAACCGGUUUGCUGGAGAUGCGACAAUGCUGCAAUUCUACCGGUGGUCAUAUGGUGAUGGGAGAUUCGUUCAAUUCAUCCUUGUUUAAGCAAACCUUCCAACGAGUGUUCGCCAAAGACUCCAAGGGUGACUUGAAGAUGGCAUUCAACGCCAUUUUAGAGGUGAAAACCUCGCGAGAAAUUAAAGUCUCCGGGGCAAUCGGUCCUUGCGUGUCAUUGGGAGUGAAGGGAGCUAGCGUCGGAGAACAGGAAGUAGGGUUGGGUGGCACAUGUCAGUGGAAGUUCUGUUCCUUGACACCAUCCACAACUACUUCACUUUUCUUCGAGGUUGUGAAUCAACAUACCGCGCCGAUCCCACAAGGUGGAAGAGGCUGCAUUCAAUUCAUUACUCAGUAUCAACAUAGCAGUGGUCAGAAGAGAAUCAGAGUCACGACUAUCGCGAGAAAUUGGGCAGAUGUGUCAUCGUCCUUGCAUCAUGUGAGCGCAGGAUUCGAUCAGGAGGCAGCGGCCGUUCUCAUGUCACGCUUAGCUGUAUUCAGAGCGGAAAGCGAUGACGGGCCGGAUGUGCUAAGAUGGGUCGAUCGUAUGUUGAUUAGACUCUGCCAAAAGUUCGGAGACUACGCCAAGGACGAUCCAAAUAGCUUUAGAUUGGCGGAGAACUUCUCCUUAUAUCCACAAUUCAUGUAUCAUUUGCGUAGAUCGCAGUUUUUACAGGUGUUCAAUAAUUCGCCAGAUGAGACCAGUUUCUACAGGCAUAUGCUUAUGCGUGAGGAUUUAACGAAUUCUUUAAUUAUGGUUCAACCGAUCUUAUAUAGUUAUGGAUUCAACGGGCCCCCAGAACCUGUAUUACUAGAUACCUCAUCCAUUCAAGCCGAAAGAAUUUUAUUGAUGGACACAUUUUUCCAGAUACUUAUAUUUCACGGAGAAACCAUCGCACAGUGGCGGCAGUCGAAGUAUCAAGACUUGCCGGAAUAUGAGAACUUCAGGCAGUUAUUGGCAGCGCCCGUUGACGACGCAGCCGAAAUAUUAGCCGGCAGAUUUCCCGCACCGCGGUAUAUUGAUACGGAACAAGGCGGAUCUCAAGCUAGAUUUCUACUGAGCAAAGUCAAUCCGAGCCAAACCCAUAAUAAUAUGUAUGCUUACGGCGCGGGGAUGCCGAUGCCCAAUGGGGAGAGCGGUGCACCUGUCUUAACCGAUGAUGUCAGUUUGCAAAUAUUUAUGGAGCAUCUGAAGAAAUUAGCUGUAUCAUCUACAGCGUAAAUUAAAAAAAAAAUGAUAUAUUUGCAGUACAUAUUAUGAUAAACAUUCAUUUAUCAUAUGUUUCAUAAUAUAUUAAUAAAAUUAUUCGGAAGAAAUGUAAAAAAGAGAGAGGUAAGCAGAUUUGUAAUCAAAUUUGCAAAUACAAAGCUUACGAUAAAAAUCGCAAUAAAUUUGAAAAUAUAAAAAGAACAUUGUAAAAUAAUCUAAUAUCAAAAAAACGUUGCAAUCAUAUAAUACAGAUUGUGAAUUGAUUGAAACUUAACUUCUAGGUAGAUUAUGAAAUGGAAUGCUUUUUUCUUAUUUAAUGAACAAUUAAUUUAUAACAUUCGUUUCAUUCCUCCUAGAUCUGUAUUUAUAUUUUAUAUUAAUUGGUGAUUGAGCUAUGAUAAUGCAACGUACAUGGAUAAAUGUCAGUAAAAAGUUUUGAAAUUUUCCCAAUAAUAUUAUUGUUCUUUUUUAUAUUAUCUGUAUUCUUCCUCAACAUCCUAUAUAUCGUAAGCAAUAAAUAAGAUGCAAAUUUA